CUCGUCCCGCGGGAAGUUGUCGAUGAGCGCCCCGCCGGUCAUCCGGCCGCCCAGCCCCUCUCCGCCGGGCGGCGGCGGCGGCGGCGGCGGCGGGACCGGCAUCUCCUUCCACCUCCAGAUCGGGCUCAGCCGCGAGCCGGUGCUCUUGUUGCAGGACUCGUCGGGAGAGUUCAGCCUGGCCCACGUCCGGGAAAUGGCUUGCUCCAUCGUCGACCAGAAGUUUCCUGAAUGUGGUUUCUAUGGACUGUAUGAUAAAAUCCUACUUUUUCGGCAUGACUCUGCUACUGAAAAUAUUCUCCAGCUUGUAAAGUCAGCUACUGAUAUCCAAGAAGGUGACCUAGUUGAAGUUGUCUUAUCAGCUUCUGCAACAUUUGAAGACUUUCAGAUUCGACCCCAUGCUCUGUUUGUACAUUCAUAUAGAGCACCAGCCUUCUGUGACCACUGUGGAGAGAUGCUGUGGGGUCUUGUGCGUCAAGGGCUUAAAUGUGAGGGAUGUGGUCUAAAUUAUCACAAGAGAUGUGCAUUUAAAAUUCCUAACAACUGCAGUUGUGUCCGGAAGAGGCGACUUUCAAAUGUUUCUUUAACCGGACUCAGUACUAUCAGAACUGUAUCUGCAGAAAUUUCACCUACUACAUCAGAUGAAGCUCUCCUGAUUCCCGGAAGCCCUAGUUUUGAGCAAAAAUCACCUCCAGAGCCAUUUACUGGGAGAGAGAAGAGGUCUAAUUCACAGUCAUACAUUGGACGACCCAUUCAGCUUGACAAGAUUUUGCUUUCCAAGGUUAAAGUGCCUCAUACUUUUGUGAUCCACUCAUAUACACGGCCAACAGUUUGCCAGUAUUGUAAGAAGUUACUCAAGGGACUUUUUAGACAAGGCUUACAAUGUAAAGAUUGCAGGUUCAACUGUCACAAACGAUGUGCACCUAAAGUGCCAAAUAAUUGCCUUGGGGAAGUGACAAUUAAUGGAGAUUUGCUUAGUCCUGGUGCUGAGUCUGAUGUGGUCAUGGAAGAAGGAAGUGAUGACAAUGACAGUGAGAGAAACAGUGGACUGUUAGAUGAAAUGGAGGAGUCUAUGACCCAGGAUGCUGAAAUGGCAAUCAUGAACCAAAGCGAUAAUGGAGAAAUGCAAGAUGCUGAUCCUGAUCCUGAUGAAAGUAACAGAAUGAUCAGCCCUUCAACGAGCAACAAUAUUCCAUUAAUGAGAGUGGUGCAGUCAGUCAAGCACACGAAAAGGAGAAGUAGCACAGUCAUGAAGGAAGGAUGGAUGGUUCACUAUACAAGUAAAGACACUCUGAGGAAGAGACAUUACUGGCGAUUAGACAGCAAAUGUAUUACACUGUUUCAAAAUGACACUGGAAGCAAAUACCACAAGGAAAUUCCACUGUCUGAAAUUUUAUCCCUGGAACCUGCAAAAGACCUGAGUUUAUUGCCAGAAGGAGCUAAUCCACAUUGCUUUGAAAUAACCACAGCAAACAUAGUCUACUAUGUUGGAGAAAAUAUUGAAAAUCUGCCUAGCCUUCCAGCUAAUAACAGUGUUCUUACAAGUGGUUGUGGCCCAGAUGUGGCACGGAUGUGGGAGAUGGCAAUUCAACAUGCCCUCAUGCCUGUUAUCCCUAAAGGGGCACCCAGUGGUUCAGGACCAAGCCUACACAGAAAUAUAUCCAUCAGUAUUUCAGUAACAAAUUGCCAGGUCCAGGAAAAUGUGGAUAUCAGUACAGUAUACCAAAUCUUUCCAGAUGAGGUGCUGGGAUCUGGACAGUUUGGAAUUGUUUAUGGAGGAAAACAUCGCAAAACAGGAAGAGAUGUAGCAAUUAAAAUCAUUGACAAACUGAGAUUUCCAACUAAGCAAGAAAGCCAACUUCGUAAUGAGGUUGCAAUUUUACAGAAUCUGCAUCACCCGGGGGUUGUAAAUCUGGAAUGCAUGUUCGAGACACCAGAAAGAGUGUUUGUUGUUAUGGAGAAGCUCCAUGGAGACAUGCUGGAGAUGAUCUUGUCAAGUGAAAAAGGAAGGCUGCCAGAGCGAAUAACUAAGUUUUUAAUUACACAGAUCCUGGUUGCCUUGAGACAUCUUCAUUUUAAAAACAUUGUUCAUUGUGAUCUGAAACCAGAAAAUGUAUUACUGGCAUCAGCUGAUCCUUUCCCACAGGUGAAGCUUUGUGAUUUUGGUUUUGCCCGUAUCAUUGGAGAGAAAUCAUUCAGGCGUUCAGUUGUGGGCACACCAGCCUAUCUUGCUCCUGAAGUGCUAAGAAACAAAGGUUACAACAGAUCACUAGAUAUGUGGUCUGUGGGGGUCAUUAUCUAUGUCAGUCUUAGUGGUACAUUUCCAUUCAAUGAAGAUGAGGACAUUCAUGAUCAAAUCCAAAAUGCUGCUUUCAUGUACCCACCUAAUCCCUGGAAGGAAAUCUCUCAUGAAGCUAUUGAUCUUAUAAAUAAUUUGCUGCAAGUGAAAAUGAGAAAACGCUACAGUGUGGACAAGACCUUAAGCCACCCAUGGUUACAGGACUAUCAAACUUGGCUAGAUUUAAGAGAGCUGGAAUGUAAAAUAGGAGAACGUUACAUCACCCAUGAAAGUGACGAUUCACGGUGGGAACAGCAUGCAGGAGAAAAUGGCUUGCAGUAUCCAGUACACCUUAUCAGUCCAAGUGCUAACCAUAGUGAAAAUCCUGAGCCAGAGGAAGCGGAGAUGAAAGCCCUCAGCGAGCGUGUCAGCAUCCUUUAAAUUGCAUCCCUUCUAAUCUGUCAAAACACUGUGGAACUAAUAAAUACAUACGGUCAUGUUUAACAUUUGCUUUGCAGAACUGCCAUUAUUUUCUGUCAGAUGGGAACAAAGCUGUUACACUGUUACCACCAUUGAUGUAUUGGAGUUGCCAAGACAAAUCAACAGAAGCAUUUUUAUUUUGUGUGAGCAACUGUGUUAUAAUAACAAAAAGUUCCCAGAAACUCUCAACCUGUUGUUGUGGAUGAUUCCUGUUGAACCAUGAGCAUUCAAACCUAUUUCCACUGUGCCUUUUCAGACAAAUAUUUCUCUUACUUGAGUCUCAUUGUGUAAGAGGGAACAUUUCCAGGCGGAUCUCUGGUUUUGUGUGCACCGUUAGUGUUGUCGGCGUUUGCAAACUCUUGAAGAGUAGAAUACUAUUGCUGUUCUGUGAACAACUUUUAACACUUGGGAUAAAGUUUGGGGAUUUCUGUUUUAUUUUGGUUUGCUGCAGAACAAUAUAUUGAGAUACUAAUGCAAAACAAAAAGCAUGUAAUAAAUUGUAAAAUGAUCUAUACUACUGUAUAGAUUCAGACCAGAUUCCCUUAUGUACUGCUUACACAGACGUACAUACUCAGUCCUAUUGCCCAUUAAAGCCUAAAUGCCUUAGUAAUGUAAAUUGCAGCCUAUGUUGGUAGUUAUCCCCUUUUCUUAAAAUAUUAUUCUGUAACAUUUACAUUUAGAAGCUGGAAAAUGUGUAUGUUUUGAAUAAAAUUCUGUUGAA